AAGUAUCCGUCCUUAGGCUUGGCAGGGCGCCGCGAAGCGCGCAACUUUUUCUAGUGAGAUAAAAGAUUGAAGAUAGAGAUACCUGAAGUAUACAACAGCCAGCCCAAUAAUGACAUAUGGGACACGUCACUAUCGAAGAGCUUGUAGUUGUAGGAGCAGAUCGCGGUAAGCUUACCACCUAGGCACCGGCGGACCCGCCAGUCCGCCCCUGCAUCCAGUGAUCCAGUCAAUCGCGGACGCCCGCUUGGCCGCUUCCAUGGGUUCCAUGAGGCGGAGUUCCGUGCGGCUUCUCAUAGGGUUCCUGCUAAUUCGGCUCAAUUGGUGCUCGGCGGUGGGCGACAAGGGCGCGGAGAAAGUAGGCGUGGCUUUCCCGGUGGUGGUGAGCACCUGGCCGUUCCGUGAGGCGGUCAGAGCGGCGUGGAAGGUGGUUUCGACCGGUGAAGGAUGGGGUUCGGCCGUCGAUGCUGUCGUCGCUGGCUGCUCCGCCUGCGAGGACCUCCGCUGCGAUGGUACAGUUGGUCCAGGUGGAAGUCCAGAUGAGAAUGGGGAAACCACUUUAGAUGCUCUUGUCAUGAAUGGGGUAACAUCUGCAUUACUUUCUCGUGCAGCAGUUCAGGCAACAAUGGAAAUUGGAGCUGUGGCGGCCAUGAGAUAUGUGAAGGAUGGAAUCAAGGCAGCAAAGUUAGUCAUGGAGCACAGCGAGCAUACUCUGCUCGUUGGAGAGAAAGCAACAGCAUUUGCAAUUUCAAUGGGUCUUCCAGGACCAACUAACCUCAGUUCACCAGAGUCAAUUGAGAAAUGGGAAAAGUGGAAACAGAACCACUGCCAACCAAACUUCUGGAAAAAUGUUGAUCCUGUCGGUAAGUGUGGUCCAUACCAUCCUAUCAAUUUAGCCUCAGUUGAAGUUGAGGGUUCUGUAAAGAAUGAGGUAGUGGGGAGUCAAGGUGGUCUCUGCCAGGGGUAUUUUGAAAGUGAUAAUUUACUGGAGCCAAUAAAGUCCAAUUUGAAGGUUGUUAAUCGCCACAACCAUGACACAAUUUCUAUGGCUGUGAUUGACAAGAUGGGCCACAUAGCAGUUGGGACAUCAACCAAUGGUGCUACAUUUAAAAUUCCAGGAAGGGUGGGCGAUGGACCAAUACCAGGAUCUUCUUCAUAUGGUGAUGAUGAAGUUGGGGCUUGUGGAGCAACUGGUGAUGGUGAUAUUAUGAUGCGCUUCCUUCCAUGCUACCAAGUGGUAGAGAGCAUGCGACAAGGGAUGGAUCCUCGAGAUGCUGCCACAGAUGCUAUAUCGAGAAUUGCCCGCAAAUACCCAGAUUUCAUCGGUGCCGUAUUUGCAGUCAACAAGGAAGGGGUGCAUGCCGGGGCAUGCCACGGAUGGACAUUCCAAUACUCCGUACGGAAUUCCAGCAUGCAAGAUGUGGAGGUCAUUACAGUAUAUCCUUAGCAAUCGCAAUUCAACGAAAACAAAAGUUUGCUUUAUCAGCAUGUUUAAAAAUGUCACGGCUGCCCCCCUGUUGAUGUUUUAAAAAUGUUCUGUGCGGAUUAUUUCAAUGUUUUCUUAAAGUCGAUUGUUUUGAAACUAGUAGUACUGUAUGUACCAAUCUGACCUUAGUUGUUUUUUCCCUGGAAAGUGUUGAAUGUCUUGGAAAGUCGAAACCUUGGAUCUUCUCUGUUGGAGUUGGAGUUGAUUGUACAGAAGUUAGACUUGGAUAUAGUCAACUUCGUCGAACCAGCUAUCAUGUUUAUAAUAAUA